AUGGGGCCAGGAGGUCCCCCAGGUUGGGGCCCAGGGCCGGGAGGGCCGCCACCUUCUCUCUGCGGCUGCUUCCAUGGAUGGUAGGUCAACCUCCCGCUUGCUGAAACCCUAGAAUGCUUGCUUGCGUAAUUAACAUGUACUUUUCUGCAUUUUAUUACGUCACCAACCUCGGCCCUUCAUGGAUCCGGAAAACCCAACAGGUAGAGAGAGAGAGAGAGAGAAAGGGGGGGGGAGAGAGAGUCUGAAAACUACAACUGCACCAGUGAACACGAGACAGGGAGCGACCAGCCGACGGUGAGAAACAGAGAGAGAGAGAGAGAGAGCUUAUACUACACUAAUAAACCAUAGAGAGAGGGGGGAGUAGAGAGAGAACGACAACUGCUCCUAUAAACGAGAGAGGGACAAAGGAUGCGAGAGAAUUUCUUUCCACUGAUAAACCACAAGGGGACGGGGAGAGAAAGAGAGAGAGCACUACGACUGCAUACGUAAGUCAGAAAGAGAGGGAGAGAGAGAGAGAAACAAAGAGCUCUACAGCUGCAUCACAUAUAAGCCGCAGAGAGAGGAGAGAGACAAGGCACAGAGGAAUGAGACCUCCAUCAGUCCUGACCGCGGUGUUCCCACUGCAGCCUCUACUUCCUCUGUUGCUGCUGCAUCUUCCAGGCCUGCUGCAGCUUCCUGUUCGGCGGACCUCCUGGGCCUCCCCGCUAG